CAAAGAAAGAUAUCCCAGCAGCAUAACACUCAGCAAUGAACAUGACCAUCACAAACUCUUGUCCUCUGAUAAUCUUCCUAUGCUUCAUGAUGCCCCUUUUUGUAUUUUGUGACGAGGGAACGCAUUCAGGACCAUCGACCCAGAUUUUGCAUUCUUCUCAUGAAGACAAAAACAGGUCCAUAACAGUGUCAAUGAAAGUAGAACAUGCACAUUCUGCCUCUAGAAAAUUUUGGUUGCAUGGUACUUGCACAAGCAAAGACAUAAGCAUCUCACAAAGCCAAACUUCUACACCAGGAAUCCCACAGUUCAUAGUGCAAAUUGUUAACAAUUGUGUUUCUGGAUGUGCUCCUAGUGACAUCCACUUCCACUGUGGCAUGUUUGCUUCUGCAAGAAUGGUGAACCCAAGAUUGUUCAAGAGGAUCUCCUGUGAUGAUUGCUUAGUGAAUGGAGGGAACCCUUUAGCCCCUAGCCAGAUCAUCAGAUUCACAUAUUCCAAUACCUUCUCCUACCCUCUUGCUUUUAAGUCUGCCAAAUUUUGCUGAGUAUUCCAAAAUAUACAAAUAUUCAAAAGUAGAAUAAAAAAGCUAGCACAGCCUUACUAGUUACUAUACUAUAUAUACCAUGCCUCAGAGAAUCCAAUC